GUUUGCCGGAGCCGGCAUCUUCGACCAAUCAUAACGCUGCUCGUGUUGUGUGCUUUGCCGCCGUGGAGCAUACUGACUGCAUGUAGACGUGCUCGAUUGCUCGUGACGCAUUUCUUCUGAAUUCGGCACGUGACUUUGCCUAUCUGGACUCGGGACUUGGUCGUCUUUGGGCUAAGGGCGGAAAAACCUUGUUUGCGAACCAUUCUCCAGAUUUUUCCCCUUUGAAAAGACACCAACCGGUGCUGAAAGAAUGUCACCUCAGAACACGCGGGCGGACGAAGGCGUGGAUCAGCCGGGGCAGACUCAUCAGGACAAGGACUCCUCGCCUUGCCACCAGGCAAUCAACGGCAGGAAGUUGCCUCGCUCAUACUCGGGCUACUCGGAGAGCUUUUAUUUGCGCCGAGACGUGGCCACCGGUAUCAGGGCAAAGGACCCCUCGAAAAUUCCGAUAUUAUUGAAAAAAAGCGAGAGAGAGAAGUCACUCACGUCCUUGGCGGAAGCAAGAUAUGCUGUGCCUUAUGUAUCGACUGUUUCCCAAUUCAUGAUGAUAAUCAGGAAAAAGUUGAAACUCAACCCACACGAGUCGCUUUACCUGAUGGUGAACAACCGGAGCAUGGUGAACCUUUCAAGCCUUCUCAUCGAUGUUUAUAUUGAACUCAAGGCGGAGGAUGGCUUCCUCCACAUCACCUACGCAUCUCAAGAGACAUUCGGCUAGAGCAAGGAUCGCCACAGCACUGAAGAGACAAAGACUUCCUUGUAUUUCUGCUGUGCAGGAGGAGAAAUGGCUUUUGAAAAGCCUCUGUGGUUGUCAUUUCUUUUUGCUGUUGAUCUCUUGACAUCGCCCCCAGGACUUGAUGUACUGAUUGAACGGUGUUUACUUGUAGAUUUGUAUUGUAGGGUACCUACAUUCCGUCAAACAAUGACCAUUCUUCAACACACAAUUCACACAACAGACAAACCACAUUGUUUGACGAGCAUAAACCGACGCGACCCAAUUCAAAAGAAGAGAAUUCCUGCAGCAGCCUAGACGACCGGAUCAACCCUGAGGACAAACUGGACGAGGACCCUGUAAGACGUAAGAUCGCCGUCGCAGCGAGACGAUGUAGCUUCCGUCCCCGAUGUUGUCGAUCGCACGCCUGGGCUUAAGCGGUUCCACACUUUGGAUGCUGCGCCACGCUUCACCGAAGUCCCUGACGAACCCACUCGGACACGUCCUGAGUCUUAAAUCCGUCCCAUUCACCGAGCCUUGCUACUCCACACACAUUCAGCCACGCAGCCCAGAUUACUCAUUUCCGAUGUCCCAUUCCCACAAGUCGCAGUCCACACACGCAGCCCACAACAACAGCUUUAAUCAAAUUCAUAAUAUAGGAAAAUACUGCGCAUCAUAAUUCUUUCCUAUAGUAUAACUUAUCCACACUUGAGGCUACAAAUUUAGCCUUAUGAUCCAGAUUUAUUCAUAAAUUUCCAACCAUUACAAUUUUCAUUUAUGAGGUUUUCAAGUGGUGAUGUUUCUGCAAAUUUUCGCGAUGAGAUUCUGUGAACCCAAGUGGAGAUUUUAAGGCAGACACAAAAUUCGUGUUUCUAAAACGACCUGUUCUAUUUUGGGGGUUGGAUUUACUAAGACUGAAGUUAAAGAAAUGUGACCUUCUCAUUACUUAAAAUUGUUUGGAUGGCCAUGAAUUAAAUCGAAGCAUUGUUUGCCAAACACAA